ACCGGCGCUGUGCGGGGCGGGGCUGCGCUGCGCGGGGCGCUGACGCGUCGCGCCGUUCCCGCAAUGGCGCCGCGCCCGACCGAGCUGUACCGGGCGCCGUUCCCUCUCUACACCGUCCGGCUGCACCCGCGCCGCGGACUCGCCAUCACCGCUGGAGGCGGAGGAGCGGCCAAGACCGGGAUCGGCAAUGGAGUGCACUUCCUGCGGCUGGAGCAGAUCGGGGGGCGGCUGAGCGCGUCGCUGCUGCACUGCCACGACACCGAGACCCGCGCCACCAUGAGCAUGGCCAUCAGCGGGGACUUCAUCGCGGCGGGGCAGGACCACAGCUGCCACAUCCUGCGGCUCUGCGUGCCAACGGCCGGCAAGGGAGGCGGCGACGCCGCGGAGGAGAAAGGGCCGCGCAGGAGGAAGGGAGGAACCGGCCCCGCGGAGCGCGGCGAGACGCGGAGCGACGGCGGGGAGGUGUCGGUGGAGAGUCUGCACCGCGUGCGCACCGACUUCAGCCCCGACGCGCUGCAGAAGGCCGUGCGCUUCAGCGCCGACGGCACCGUGCUCGUCACCGGAGGCGCCGACGGAUUCGUGCGGCUCUGGGAGUUCCCCAGCAUGAAGAAGGCGCUGGAGUUCAAGGCGCACGACGGGGAGAUCGAGGACAUCACGCUGGGCCCCGACAAUAAGGUGGUGACGGCCGGACGGGACCUGCAGUGCCGAGUGUGGCAGCGGGACCAGCUGGUGACCGGGCUGCAAUGGAACGAGAACCUGCCCGGCGUCCCUGGCACCGCGUACCGCUACCAGGCCUGCCGCUUUGGGGCGGUGGAGGACAACUGCGGGGCGCUGCGGCUCUACACGGUGCAGGUGCCCCACAAGCGGGAGCGCCGCCCCCCACCCUGCUACCUGACCAAGUGGGACGGGGGCACCUUCCUGCCGCUGCUGACACGGCCCUGCGGCUCCGAGGUCAUCUCCUGCCUCUCCGUCAGUGAUUCAGGCACCUUCCUGGGGCUGGGCACCGUCACCGGCUCCGUCGCUGUGCACAUCGCAUUCUCGCUGCAGAGGCUGUACUACGUGAAGGAGGCACAUGGCAUCGUCGUCACGGACGUGGCCUUCGUGCCUGAGAGCGAGCAAGGACGGGAGCUGCUGGCGGGGAACGAGGCAGCACUGCUCAGUGUGGCCGUGGACAGCCGCUGCAAGCUGCACCUGCUGCCUGCCCGCAGGUCGCUGCCCAUCUGGCUGUUGCUGCUGCUGUGUGCCGCACUCAUCGUGGGCAGCAUCGUGCUGCUGCAGAUUGCCUUCCCUGGCUUCCUCUAGGCACCCACCCUGCUGUAUUGGGGGAUGGAUGGACCCAGCUAUGGGAGUGGGACCGCCCUGGGAUACAGUGCCAGCAAGGCAAUGGAAUGCAGCAUGCCAGUAGCUGGGCUGGAGCUGCUCCUUGUCCCCACCAUUAAACCCAGAGUGUGAA